AUGGGCUUGCCCCAAGAGACCUUUGCGAUGGACAGCAACCUCCCCUUCCCCGCCCCAUCCAAGCAGGCGGCGGGCGAGAUCAACGGCACCAAGACGGAUGUCAGCUCCAUCUCCUUCUCUGACAAGAUCAUGAUCACGGUCACGCAAAACGGUCGUCUGGCCCAAUGGGUCACGGUCCCCCUCCUGUCCGACAAUCCAACGACUGGUGACCCCUUUUUCCAAACUGCCCAAUCCGAGGAAGACGCUCUGAUGCCUUCCACCCGCUUCGUGCCGCGCACCCUGCUCGGCGCCGGUGGGCCUGAACGAGAAAUGACCGGUCACUUGUUUGCAGCUCAAAUCGCCCAUGCCAUCACGACCAAAACGCCCGGCGAGACUCGGAGCCUAAUGCUAGGGCUCGGGUUAGCGAAGGCGGAGACGGACCGAGAGGUGUUCUUGCAGCUCGUUGAUCUGGUGCUGAACGUCAUUUGA